AACUUUAAUCACUUUUAUUUCAUGCCAAACCUGAAGCGGGGAAGGGUGUCAGCUUAAAGAGAGCAUCUAAGAUUAAUUUCAAGAUAGAGAUCAAAGUCUAACCAGUGCUUUGUACCAGUAUUAUGCUGGAGUCCAACCACCAUGUAUGCAUGCGUAUGCAUAAUUGCUGUUGGUUUCUUAUCAAAGGGAAAAGUAACUGGUCAUGCCUAUUACCAGGCACUUUUAAGGAAGCACACUACAUGUAUGAACAAAGUUUCGUGAGAAACUUGAAGACUAAAUCUCGUAAUGCUUGAGUAACUCAGUUGCCUUGCUUAAAUACCUAACACCAACAGGUAAAUGCUAUGGACUUCCAAUCAACAAAAUAUGCCAAACAUGAAAAUCAAUACUAUAAAUUUAUUAUAUGGAUCAAAAUCUUAGAAGCAGAAGUGUGAGAUUCUAGUCACAUGAUGAUGAACCUUUCCACCCUUAAAUCUCUUAAUGUACGUCUUUUUGUUGUGAUGUUUUACAUGUUUGAUGUAACAGCCAAAUCACAAACAAAUUACAGCAAGUUUGCAAUUCCUGCUGUCAUAGCUUUUGGUGAUUCAAUCUUGGAUACUGGGAACAACGAUUAUAUUGAAACCAUAAUGAAAGCAGAUUUCAGACCAUAUGGGAGGGAUUUCUUCGGAGGAAAACCCACAGGAAGGUUUAGCAAUGGCAGGAUCCCUUCAGACUUUUUAGCUGAAAAGUUUGGAAUAAAGGACACUCUGCCACCCUAUCUUGAUCCAACUCUGGAGAUUGAAGACCUCUUAACUGGGGUAUCUUUUGCCUCUGCUGGCUCUGGAUAUGAUCCUCUAACACCAGAACUAGCAGCAGUGUUAUCAGUAGAGGAUCAACUGAAUAUGUUCAAAGAUUACAUAGGAAAACUGAAGGCCGAUGCAGGGAAAGAAAGGACAGCUUUCAUUCUAGCAGAAAGCGUAUUUUUUAUCAGUAUGGGAAGCAAUGACGUUUCAGUAACAUAUUUCAUGUCACCAUAUCGGAGAAAUGAGUAUAAUGUUGAAGACUACACAAGUAUGCUAGUCAAUAUAUGUUCAAAUUUUCUUCAGGAACUGUAUAAAUAUGGAGCAAGAAAGAUUGGAGUACUGAGCCUAUCUCCAAUAGGAUGUGUGCCACUGCAAAGAACAUUAGGGGGAGGUGGAGAAAGGAAUUGCGUAGAAUCAUUAAACCAAGCAGCCAUGGUCUUCAACUCCAAGCUUUCUUCUUCAAUAGAGGCUCUCAACAAAAGUCUUCCAAAAGCUAGGCUUGUUUACCUUGACAACUAUAGUGAACUCAAUGAAAUUAUCCAACACUACAACAAAUUUGGAUUUGAAGUGGGGGAUACUGCAUGCUGUGGCGUUGGAAAUAUUGAAGCAGGCAUUUUGUGUAAUUCUUUCUCCUUAAAAGUAUGUGAAAAUGCUACAAAAUAUGUAUUCUGGGACAGUAUUCACCCCACAGAGCGAACUUACAGUAUGCUUGUCACAAGUACCAUAGCAAAGAAUGUUCACAAGUUUGUUUGAAAAUACUUUUCCUUUCGAGACUGAUGCAGUUAAUGGAUUAUAUAUGUUGUAAAAUGAGGCUCAACCAUGAAAACAUACUCUAGAGUUAACUUAUAUAUGUUUUAUACUUUAUUCCGAACAAAGCUACAAAACCGUAGCUCAA